CGGGGAAGGAAGAUGGCGGCGCCCAGCAGCCGGUGAGGUGAGAGGACACGGGGAUCCUAGGGAGCGGCCAGACUCGUGCGUUAUGGCCACAUCCCCGCACACUCUCUCCUCACGCCUCCUGACAGGUUGGGUAGGAGGAUGUGUCUGGUAUCUAGAAAGAAGAGCAGUGGAGGAAUCCCCUCACAAGUUUAUGCAUCUUUUCAGGAAUGUCAAUAAGCAGUGGAUCACAUUUCAGCACUUCACCUUCCUUAAACGCAUGUAUGUCACACAGCUGAACAGAAGCCUCAGCCAGCAAGUAAAGCCGAAGUCAGAACCAGCGGCAUUGUCUUUCCUUGAAAAAGCGUCUUCGAGUCAAACCAAAGCAGAAAUAUAUGAGAUGAAACCUCUUUCACCGUCUAGACUAUCUUUGUCCAGAAAGCCACAUGAAAAAGAAUUGCUAACAUUAGAAUCUGCCUCAGUAAUUGAAGGCUCAGUAGAUGUGGGGAGAGAAACUACAGAUGAAAAGCAGUGGAAGGAGAUGAAGCUGCAUUUGGAUGAGUUGCCAGGAAUUUUGGCUCGACUGUCCAAAAUCAAACUCACAGCUCUAGUCGUGGGCACCACUUCCGCUGGAUUUGCACUGGCUCCGGGGCCAUUUGACUGGUCCUGUUUCCUGCUUACCUUUGUCGGAACAGGCCUGGCGUCCUGUGCUGCCAACUCCAUCAAUCAGUUUUUUGAGGUGCCAUUUGAUUCAAACAUGAAUAGGACAAAGAACAGACCUCUGGUUCGUGGACAAAUCAGCCCAUUGCUUGCCGUGUCCUUUGCCACUUGCUGUGCUGUUCCAGGAGUUGCCCUUCUGACCUGGGGGGUGAACCCACUCACAGGAGCCCUGGGGCUCUUCAACAUCUUCCUGUAUACCUGCUGCUACACCCCGCUGAAGAGGAUCAGCAUUGCCAACACGUGGGUCGGAGCCGUGGUCGGGGCCAUCCCACCUGUCAUGGGCUGGACAGCAGCUACUGGCAGCCUCGAUGCUGGAGCAUGUCUCUUGGGAGGAAUCCUGUACUCCUGGCAGUUUCCUCACUUCAACGCACUUAGUUGGGGCCUCCGAGAGGACUACUCCCGAGGGGGCUACUGCAUGAUGUCGGUCACCCACCCAGCCCUGUGCCGGCGCGUAGCCCUGCGCCACUGCCUGGCCCUGAUCGGACUGUGCACAGCAGCCCCCAUCCUGGAUGUUACCACGUGGACCUUCCCCGCCAUCUCGCUGCCCAUCAACAUGUAUAUUUCCUACCUCAGCUUCCGGUUCUACGUGGAUGCAGACCGGAAGAGUUCCAGGAGACUGUUCUUCUGCAGCCUCUGGCAUCUGCCCUUGCUCCUGCUGCUCAUGCUCACCUGUAAGCAGCCACCACCAGGUGGGAAGAGUGACAGGGGAGAACCUCAGGGUUGAAAUCACAAUGGCAUGUGGGAAAAAGCAAAAACAUACCUGGAGACGCACAACUUUCCCCCUUUGCUGUUAGGCAAGACUGUUGGUAAUUCUGGAAUGAGAGAAUUACCAGGAUUUAGUAGAAGGUUGUAAAAUGAUUUGGUGGUUAAUGGUCAUAUGGCAAAUUUUUUAAAUGAUGAUAUACAAAAUGCUCCCCAAGUAAGAAAUGGUUUAGCUCAGUUGAUUAACACAAAGAGGGAAUAUUUUUCUCUUUGAGGGUCUUUACAUAUCUCUUCUCCAGCCCCACCCCUCUUGGUUUUCUUCUUCCUCAUAUAGAUGAACAGGUGCACCUCCUCCUUGUCUGCCCCCCACCACACACACAGCCCCACCUGCCACCAGACCUUUCAAGGUGAGCACUCAUUCUCUGGUAUCUGUGGUUCUGUGGCCUCAGGUCCCUCAAGGACCAUGUCAAAGGACAUGCAUGCUGCUGGCUGCAGCACCCCCUUCCCUGUGAGUGAGCCAGGGUCCCCAGUUCCAGCUCUCUCUACUCCAUACAUGUUCUCAACCGCAUAUUCCCUCAGACGAUAACAGAAUACCAAGGAUGGCCUGUUGCAUGCCGUUUGGAGGAAGAAUUCCAAAUGGUUGCCUAGGGAAUCUCUGACUGGACUGCCAGUCCCUGCCCACCCCCAGCACAUAUCAGCAUUUCAAAAACUCCAAGGAAUCAAAGGCAUCUUUAUAGUUCACUGUCAAAUAUGGGAGGAGCCUGAGGCAUUGCUUUAUGGAAGGGUAGAAACCCCUCCGGCUCAGCUUCCUCAUUGUUCUCUUUUGUCCUAUGUAGAUGGUCAGCCCCCUUUCACUGCAUGGCUUGUCCAGGCCCAUCUAUGAGGGGAAGCCAGAAAAAGGUGAGCAGAGCUCACAUUCUUGUCCCUUUAGUGAGAAACACAUCUCCAUCCUGGCCUCUUGAUUUCAGGAAUUAGCCUCCACAUGUCCAGCGGCUCUGCAAGCCAGAGCCCGAGUUGGACUCCUGGUGGGGCCGCCUCUGGUUCAGAGCUGUGAGCUCCUGUCCUAGGAGCCAGGUGUGACUCAGUCACCUGUGGUUCCAUCAGCUCUUCAUAUAUGCCCCCUCAUCCACCGUCCAGUUCUACUUGCCUGAAGGUCUUGAAGCUUAACAGAAUGUUUUACUUACUCAUUCUCCCUGUAGGAAUUAAUUUGGAGAGUUUAAACAACAUUUAAACUGUUGUUGCAAUAUACCUGAUCUCUCAGAAAUUUCUGACACAAUUGCAGAUAGCAUCUGAUCCCUGUUUCUACUUAUCUGAAAUAUUAGCUCUUGGCAGUGUCUGGGUGGUUUACUGCGGGGACGUGGCACAGGAGUGUCUGGAAAAAACAUGCACAAUUUGUCGCAGCCCUGACAUUUGUAAAAUGCUUCAGUUCUCUUUUUAUGCUGCAGUAAAGGAGUAUAAUAAGAAUG